AUGGCAUUAAAUCGUUUGUAUAACCUUGAGCGCCGUUUAAUGAAGGAUCCCGAACUAUAUUCAGCUUAUAAACAGUUCAUGAACGAGUACCUUUCACUUGGCCAUAUGCAACCUGCAAGUAUUCCCGGGAAGUACUUCAUUCCGCAUCACGCCGUCGCCAAACGCAAUAAUGACAAAUUGAAGAUACGCGUCGUCUUUGACGCAUCGGCAAAAACUUCAACGGGUUAUUUCUUAAAUGAUUGUUUGGUGACGGGUCCCAAAUUACAACUCGAUAUCAGUGAUGUAUUGUUGCGAAGUCGUUUUCAUAAAUAUUUAUUUGUCGCUGACAUAGAAAAGAUGUACCGACAGAUCAACAUAUGCGAAGAAGAUCGAGUAUACCAACAUAUUUUGUGGCGGGACACACCGAAUGAAGAAGUUCGAGAAUUUCAAUUGUGCACCAUAACCUACGGCGUGAAUGCAGCACCAUUUUUGGCAAUAAGGUGUCUUCAUCAGUUAAAUCAGGAUGACGGGUCAUUGUUCCCGUUGGCUAACAAUAUUUUGACUACAUCUACCUACGUCGACGAUAUUAUUGCUGGCACAGACACGGUGGAAGAAAUUGUUCAAUUAAAGGAACAAGUGGUAUCUCUUCUACGUCGGGGCAAUUUCAGUUUAAAAAAGUGGGCCAGCAACUGUCCAUCUGUAUUAUUGAGUAUUCAAGAAGAAGACCGUGCACAAGAUUCAUGCUUUGAUACAAAAGAUGAUCAGUCGGUCAAGAUUUUGGGUCUCCAUUGGAACACGAAGUCGGAUAUUUUUGGAUAUCAUACCAGUGUGAAAGAAGGCGACACUACAAAACGGUCCAUUCUGUCCACGAUAGCACGCUUAUAUGACCCUAUUGGUGCAAUCGGUCCGACAAUAUUUUGGGCAAAGUGCAUCAUACAAGAAUUAUGGAUUCAAAAGUUGCAUUGGGAUGCUUCACCACCUACACAAUUAGUUGACAAGUGGAAAACGUUUACUUCCGAAUUUAAUACGUUAUCUCAGGUGAUGCUAACUCGGCAUAUUGAUAUACGGUUAUCGAAACAUGUGGAGCUUAUAGGUUUUGCGGAUGCUUCUCAAAGGGGAUACGCGGCAACCGUCUAUUUACGAGUAGUUGACCAGAGCAAUGUUGUCAAGGUACAUUUUAUUGCAUGCAAAACUAAGGUUGCGCCAUUAAAGCUCUCAAAUAUUGACACUUCGUUAACAAUCCCGCGCUUAGAGUUAUGCGCCGCUUUACUGCUGGCACGUCUUAUUUCACACCAGUAUACUAUUUUACAAAAUUUUGCCAGAAUUGACCGUAUCCGUGCAUGGACUGAUUCUACGAUCGUUUUAAGCUGGCUUCACGCUGAUCAAAAACAGUUUAAAAUAUUUGUCACUAAUAGAGUUGCAAAAAUUAAGGCUCUGACUCCAACUUGUGAAUGGGCACACGUCAGAUCCAAGGAUAAUCCAGCGGAUCCUGCUUCGAGAGGACUACUUCCCUCCGAGUUGAUUUCGAAUUCAUUACAUUUCCGGGGUCCUGAAUUUUUAUUUCAACCUGAUGAUCAUUGGCCCGUGUCUACAGUGUCUGAAUUGACGUUACCACCGAUAGAGCAAUUACCUGAGACUAGGUGUAUAACAAAUGUUUUACAUUUGCAUGAAGACCAAAACGGUGAGUCAAUUAUUCAAAGAUUUUCAUCACUAUCAAGAUUACAGAGAGUAUUAGCUUACUGCUUCAGAUUCAUUGACAAUUCGCGGCGGCGACAAGUCAAUUGUGGUCCAGUAACUUGGCGAGAAUGCGAACGUGCUUUAUUGUCGGCGGUCAAGUGUUCUCAAAAAAUCUAUUUUUCUGAACUUUAUCACAAACUGGUGAAUUCAAAAUCAAUAGUCACACCAACCGUCCUCGCACAUUUGGCUCCGUUUUUGGACGAGGGACAAGUCAUUCGAGUUGUUGGUCGAUUGAAAUAUCAUCUUUAA